UCACCAGGGUGGGGCAUACUGGUUUGUUGUUGCUCUGCCUGUGUCCCGUGACAAUCCUCUGUGACGAGACGAGAAAUGCUGAAUCAAUAGCCCGGAGCAUGACAGACAGUCAGACCAGUCUGAAACUCAUUUCCCGAUCCGAGAUAGUUGUGUCUCUCAGCUUUCACCCAGACACUGCUACUUGCGCUUUGUACGGAGCUUUGCCUGCGUACAGCUAGUAAGGGUCGACAAAAGGCAACGCAUUGAUUGUGACAGAUGGGCUUUUGUGUGAAAUCUACGACUCACCACCAACAUGACCUCCAGCGUCACACGUAGAGUAGUGCGUACGGGUGGGAGUUGUCUGCUGAAACGCAUUGUUGUGUUGGGGGAUGAGCCGUCCGUGCUGCUCGCGCUGCUGAGUGCUCCUGGUCGGCUGUGGCUAGCCAGCGACUCUAGCCUAUGAAUGGUCCACAAAGCAGAUAACCGUGUGUUCUCUGUUGAAUCCAAAACCGAAACUUCACGGGCACCAAGCUGGCCUGUUUCUUAUUUUACUAGUAGCUGAACAGAGCCCAGUAUCGCCCGUUGGAUGAGAACACUGUGUACGGAAUUAGAGCCACUUAGCAGGCCAUAUCGCCAUUGCUUUGUACGGCUGCUGGGUAGCUACCGUCUUCCUCAACUAGCAAAACUGUGCGUGAACCCGAGCAACACGGAGCGCCAAGAUGAAAAAGAAAGCUCGGCAGCACCGUGUUGCGGUGCAGCAGAGGCCGCCCUCUCCUAUCAAGCCUUCCCCCAACAAGCAGAUCCUGACUUACGCCCAGGCGCAGCGCAUGGUGGAGUUCGAUGUCGAUGGCCGCCUCCAUCGAAUCAGCAUAUACGACAGGCUGGACGUGAUCUCGGAUGAUGACCCCUUGAUGCAGGAGAUGAUGGAAUGCACCAGCAAUAAGGAGAAUACUGAGAAACCACAGCAGGUCCUCCUGAGGUCCGUCAGGCUAAAAAACAACCAGGAGAAGAGAAACGCUGCGCUGGGCAUCACCAGUCAUGGAGAGGGAAGUGGACAUCAGGCUGCGGGUAAUCCCGGUCCAAAACUUCAAGAACCUAAAUUUCGUACAGUGGAGUAUAACCUUCCAGCAGUUCCCAAACGCUCAUCUGCCUUUUACAAAUACACGGAGAAAACGGAGGAAGAGCUGGACGAGGAAACUGAGUAUGACAUGGAUGAGGAAGAUUAUGCCUGGCUGGAAUUGGUGAACGAAAAGCGGAGAAGCGAAGGGGUCAGUCAGGUCUCUCACAACGUCUUUGAGUUCCUUAUUGACCGCUUUGAGAAGGAGUUGCACCUGGAGAGUCUGGAUCAAAGUAGCGAAAAGCAAGCUCCCAUCGAUGAGGACGCCGCCUGCUGCAUCUGCAUGGACGGAGAGUGUCACAACAGCAAUGCCAUCCUGUUUUGUGACAUGUGUAAUGUGGCCGUUCACCAGGAAUGUUACGGUGUGCCCUACAUUCCUGAGGGCCAGUGGCUAUGCAGACACUGCCUCCAGUCACCCAACCAGCCUGCAGACUGCAUCCUUUGUCCUAACAAGGGUGGGGCAGUGAAAAAGACAGACGAUGACCGCUGGGGUCACGUGGUGUGCGCCCUCUGGGUCCCCGAGGUCGGCUUCUCCAACACCACCUUUAUCGAACCCAUCGAUGGUGUCAGCCACAUUCCUCCAGCCCGCUGGAAGCUCACCUGCUACCUCUGCAAGGAGAAAGGCGUGGGGGCGUGCAUCCAGUGCCACAAGGCCAACUGUUACACCGCCUUCCACGUCAGCUGCGCCCAAAAGGCUGGUCUCCAUAUGAAGAUGGAGCCGAUCAAAGAGGUAACGGACACCGGGGAACCCACGUUCUCUGUGAAAAAGACGGCCUACUGUGGAGCUCACACACCUAACGGGUGUGUGAGGAGGCCUGUUGCAAUAUACGAUGAUGCCAAACCCAAAAAUGGACUAUGUAAGAAAGUGGACAAGGGAAGAGGUAAAGGACAGUCAAAAGGAAAGAAGAAGAGUAAGAGUAAGAAACCUGAACCUGAACCAGAACCUGAAAGUGAAGCUGCGACCCCUGCUACUGUGCCUACGUUUCCUUCUCACAGGUUACAAACCAUUCUGAACCAGGUGUCAGUCCAGAAGAAGAAAGCAUUUGUGGAGCUGGUCCUAAAUUACUGGACACUGAAGAGGCAAUCCAGGAAUGGGCUUCCCCUCAUCAGACGGCUUCAGACAAGCAUACAGUCUCAGAAGCAUGCACAACCGAGGCAGAGCGAGGAGGAGAGCAGGGCACUGAAGGAACAGCUGAAGGAAUGGCAUCGUCUCCGACACGACCUGGAGAGAGCCCGGCUGCUGCUGGAGCUAAUCCGCAAGAGGGAGAAGCUCAAGAGGGAGGAGAUUAAACUGCAGGAGGCCCUCCUGGAGAUACAGUUGAGUCCCUUCAGUAUUUUGCUCCGAGCUCUCUUGGACCAGCUCCAGACGAAAGACCAGGCCAAGAUCUUCACCCAGCCGGUUGAUGUCAAUGAGGUGCCUGACUACCUCGACCACAUCAAGCACCCGAUGGACUUCUCCACCAUGCGGCAGCGCAUUGACGCACAGGCCUACAACAACUUUGAGCAGUUUGAGAGUGACUUCAACCUCAUUGUUGAUAACUGCAUGAAAUAUAACUCAAAGGACACCUAUUUCUACCGGGCUGCCGUUCGCCUCCGAGACCAGGGCGGGUCCCUGCUCAGGAAGGCCCGGCGAGACGUGGAGAAAAUCGGCUUCGACUCGGAAAGCGGCAUGCAUCUGGCCGAAGCUCCUGAAAUCAAAACACCAGCAUCCUUUUCUUGGGAGGACGUGGACCGCCUACUAGUGCCAGCCAAUCGGGGGCAUCUGUCUCUGGACAAGCAGCUGCAGCAGCUACUGGAAAAGUUCGACCUGACCUGCGCCAUGAAGUCCAGCCCCUCCCGCAGCAAGCGCAUGAAGCUGCUCAAAAAGACCAUCAACGACGUGCGCAACGAAAUGAGCCUAAAGAGAGUCCUACCCUCCCACCACCACCAUCACCACCACUCUUCCUCCUCCACAGCUCCCUCAACUUCAUCUUCAGCAGCUGCCUCCCAACCAGAGAUUAGUCAAGCUAAAGAAGAGAGUUUGAAGCCCAAUGGACAUUUUCCAGAUGAUGAGGGAGACAAGUCUCUUCCUCCCAAACUGGAGCCCUCAGACUCCAUUCCCCCUCUCAUCCACUCAGACGCAGACUCCGAGCCCCCCACCCUCAAACCAAUUGACGCCGCCCCUGACUGUGAAGACAAGCACCCCAGCAAGCGUGUCAAGUUCGACGGCGACAUACCAGACCUGCUCUCCUCCGCUCCGCGCCUCAACGGCCACUCCCACGACAGCCUCCAGAGCUCGCUGCUGGACGGGGACGUGAGCGUGGUGGCCACGUCGACCCUCGCGGAGCCCACAGGCACAGUUAACCGCCGGACGGCCGUGCUCUUCCGCAAGUCGAAGGCCGCCAGCCCGCGCAAGCCCCCGAGGAGCGGAGAUGAGGGGGCAGAAGGAGCUGACAGAAAAGAGAGCAAGGCGGAGGAGGAUGAAGACGGUGCACAGCUGGGCUCCAAAUCCUUCCUGUCAGUGGUCAUUCCCAGGCUGGAGACGCUCCUUCACAGCAAGAAGAGGAAGCACAGUGGCAGCAGAGACAGCGAGGAGGAGGGGGGAGGAGAGGGGGAGCAUGAAGAGGAGGGAGAGUCCCCUGUGAAACGACUUGACACUGGAUUGUCGAGCGGUUUUCUGGAGGAGGAAGAGGAGAAGGAGCUAGAAGACUCUAGUAGAGCCAGUAGACCUGUGGAGCCACGAAGACGCUGUGCCUCUGAGUCCUCCAUCUCCUCAUGUAGCAGUCUGCCAGGAAGCACCAGCACAAUUCUCAGUCUUCCAAAAUGUGGGAAAGGGAAACCCGCCUUGGUCCGGAGAAACACUGUGGACGAUAAGAGCGAAUUAAUCGCCUGCAUCGAAACCGGGAAUUUUGCAAAAGCUGCACGGAUUGCUGCAGAGGUUGGCAACAGCAAUAUUUGGAUGCCCGCUAGUGCUGCAACAGUUGCAUUGGAACCCCUAAAGCUAGUUUGGGCCAAAUGUAGUGGAUACCCUUCCUACCCUGCCUUGAUCAUCGACCCCCACAUGCCGCGCGUGGGCUGCCAGCACAACGGGGUGUCCAUCCCCAUGCCCCCCAUGGACGUGCUCCGCAUUGGAGAACAGAUGCAGUACAAAGCCGAAGAGAAACUCUACCUCGUCCUCUUCUUCGACAACAAGCGCAGCUGGCAGUGGCUUCCUAGAUCCAAGAUGGUUCCUCUGGGAAUGGACAAGACCAUAGAUAAAAUCAAAAUGAUGGAGGGGCGCACAUCCAGCAUUCGUAAGGCUGUCCAGAUCGCCUUCAGCCGUGCCAUGAACCACCUGAGCAUAGUGCAGGACGAGCCAGUCAGCGACCUCAGCGACGUGGACUGAUAACACUUGCUGACUUUCUCUCUCCUAACUCACAAACUUGUACCUCUCCUGUACCAAAUACCUUCCUCUGCCCCCCCCCCCCCAACACUCUCUCUGUCUCUGCAGGAGACUCAAAUGUUUACCGGGCACCUGCUGUAACAGGUGGUGUCUCUUCCUCAUCCAUUCCUACUCGCACACACUCCUACCACGUGCCGAUGGGAUACGGCUGCUGCUGAAAUGAAUGUGUCUAUCUCUCGUCUCCACCUCCAGGCUUGUAACUGUGCUUAGAGACUGCUCUUUAUGUCCUUCCUCCUUCACUCACUCCACCAAUCAUGACUGUCGUUUUCAUUCAUCUUUUCAAGGCAAAAACGUUAGUGAUUGAUUUCAUAUAUUUUGGUAGCCUUACCAAAGGUGUCAUAGCAUCAGGACUUUGUAGUAGAACAAGAAAUAAAUACAGAUGUUACCUCUUAUCUGUAGUGCUAUUUAUCAGUCUAGAUCGUUUCGUUGUGAGUGUUGAAGGUAUCAGCUGUAGAGAUGUCUGCCUACUCUACAGUAUAACGGGACCAGUGUUGCGCCCGUUACUCGUAAGUAAUAAUAUCACGUCACUUAUUACUCCCUGACAACAGUAAUUCGUAACACUACUCGUUAUAAUACUUUUCCGUUACGCCCCAUAAAAUUGGUAAUUGCAUAUCUACCCAAAAUUGUACCUCGGUGUGAUUGUCAGGGUAAUUGCCGUUAAGUGUAGCUAAGGCUAGAGAGCAACAUUUCAUCCACCACAAGCUUCAUUACUUCUUCCUAGCUACAGCUGUCCACAAGUAAAAUCUAGUUGUUGUUUAGCCAGAGCAGGACUACAGCCAACUGUUACGUUGUUGUGUUCUCGGUUGCAGUAGCUAAGGUGUUUCAGAUCGGAGGUUUGAGGACGUGUUUUUCGCAGUGGAAAGAGUUUUAGUCCAACUACCUCGACACUACGACUGCCCAACACUGAACAGAACUAAAUGGCACUCUGCGUUUGGUCCUCAAAAAGCGGCAAAAAUAAAUUUGAAAAUCUCAGCAAUGUCUCUUUCCAGAAAUCAUGACCCAGUUGCUCAAGAUAAUCCACUGAACUUGUUGUGAGCAGUUUCGUGUAGGGACUAUUUUCUUUCUACCAAACUGCGCAGAAGGAAGUGUGCAUCUACUCGUGGAUGAGAUGUUGACAUUUAUGGCAGAAGGAAGUGUGCUGUAGAUGCACGCCUCGGUUAGCUGAUGUAAUUUGGUAGAAAGAAAAUAGUUCCUACAUUACCUUGAGUAUCCAGGUCCUAAUUUCUGGCAAGAGACAUUGGGUGUUUCAGGACCACAGGAACUUUUUCAUUCUUCAAAGAACCCCCCUUUUUGUAGUGUCGGUAUCACAAGAAUUAGGAAUGAUCGUAGUUUUUGAAACGCUGCUUUGAGGGACUUUUUUUUAGCUCUUAGAGUAGGCACUUUAGGAACCAUGAUCAACAUGAGUGGACAGGUAUUGGUCCAGACGACAUACAUUGAUUGGUUGAACGCAUCCAAUGCAGCACUGGCAACCGCCAUUUUUUUUAAAGCCCAUUAGCCGUGCAAACAACAGAUAACACAGAAUAUAAACAACCGUUGGUAAUGGCAAAAUUAAUGGAAGAAAAUACGCAAAUGGACAAACACCUAAGUUACUGAGCAUAUAUGUAACAAUAGAAAUACAAUCUAGACUGAUAAGUAGCACUAUGGGUAAGAGGAAACAUGUAUUUUUGAUUUUGGGGUGAACUGCCACCUCAACACUGACUGUUAAAUUUUGGCUGUAGCUAACCAGUCCGUUAUUUUGGCAGGUAGCUGAUCGUCAUUUCUGUUAUACGUUAUUAAAAAAAGAAGUAUCUAGCAGCUGUUGAAUUAACUGAUGUGGACAAAAACCAACAUUUCUUGCCCCGUGUGAAGGCUUUUCAGUUGUAACCAAAGCUUACGUUAUGUUAAGGUCACAUUUGCAUCCUGGUCCUCUCCAUUUGAAAAUACCUUCCUUUGUAUUUAAACUGUAAAUAAUCUGUACAGCUGCCUGACACUAACUUAUUUUGUAGUUUUGACAUCAAUGGGUACUGUACAGGAGUUUUCUUAGUAUUUAUACUUGAUGCAUUCUCGGCACUAACAUGUGAGUGCUAUUUUGACAGUGCUGUAUGAACAAGAAGAAUUAAAAAAAAAAGGUGCAAAAGCCUUAGUAUUAAUGAGAUUAGGGCUAAAAAUGUCGUGUUUCUGAAAAGUAUGAAAGUAUUCCCUUCUUUUUUUAAGUUAUUGAAGUUUAUAAUCAUAAGCUUCCAUUUGGCAUUAAUCCUUUUUGUAUUAAAAAUAGUUUUAGUAUAUUUUUGUUCAUAUAUAUUUAUAUGAUUUGAAUACACGGUUAUCCAGUAUGUAAGUCUCUGAAGCUCAUACAGGCAGUCUGAUGUUGUGGACCCAGAACGUAUAUUGUUCUCAAGAAACCAAAAAUGUUGCUACCCAGAAGUUUUUUGCUGAUUCAUUUAUUUCUGUGUGACGUGUGAAAUUGUUGCCAAAAAAAGAAUACAAAAAAGAAAAAAAAGUAAAGUGUAUUUUUAUGUGAUACAUCUGACUGUUACUUGGUUUUGCUGUAGUCGUAGGGAGACGUGCCUGCAGUAACUUAUUGUAAAGUAUUUGCAUUACUUUAUAUCCAAGGAAAGACGUACAAACUGAUUGUGGUAAAGUGGCACAUUUUGUGGUGGAAACUUGCCUUCUUUUUAAGUAAUCUUUUUCUAACUUUUUUUGUAGUUGUAGACUUCAAGACAUUUCAUUUUAUACUAUUGCCUAUUUUUUUCUGGGUAGCAUUGGGUAGUUUUGGUAUAUUUCAUUUUGUACUUAACUGUAGUAGUUUUUUUAAUCAGGUCAUAUGAAAUAUUGCUGGGACUGUUUUUUUUCUAGCAAAAAAAUAAAAGAUACAAAUAUGAA